AUGGAAAUAGACACACAAACAGAAAGCACAUUAAAAAAACAAAAUCCUCCCCCAAGCCGACUGGUCCUCGUGGGGGAAAAAGACCAAGACCCUCUAAAGACAGAGACAAAAAAUAAAACAAGAAACAACCUGUUUAUUGCAACAUUAAAUGUAAGAUCCCUAAGAACGCCAGAAAAACUUAUAGAAUUAGAAGAAGCAACAAAAUAUUUAAAAUGGGACAUCAUAGGAGAAAUUGCAGGAAUGUAUGGAGUAGGAUUCUUAGUUAAAAAGAAACUUGCAAGAGGCAUAGAAGAAAUAAAAGGUGUUACGGAGCGAAUUGCUAUCUUAAAUAUAAAAUUACCACUGCAAAAUGAGAAAUAUAGCAUGUGGUCCAAAAUACAGGCCUAUUCACCAACCGAGUCAUGCAGAAAAGAUGAUGUCGCAAAGAUAGAUAUAUUUUAUAAAGAUUUACAAGAUGUCUUAGAAACUUCACAUAAGAAUAUUGUUUUAAUGGGAGACUUUAGUGGACAAAUUGGACAGAGACAUUUAGGAGAGCAAUAUACAGUAGGAGAACACGGGAUGGAAAAGAAGACAGUAAUUUCAGAUAAAACAAAAGAAUUGUUGGAUGAAAGGAAAACCUUAUUACUAAACAAGAAAGACAAUAAGAAAAAAAUAACUGAGUUGAGCAAAAAGAUUAAUGAGAGGAUAGGAAAAGAUAGAAAGGUGAGAAGAGAAACAACCUUAACAAAAUAUAUUGAAACUAAUGGUGGAGUAAAGAAGGCUUUCAAAGAACUGAACAAUAAAAAGGAUUGGAUGUCAAGUUUUAAAAAAAUGAACGGAAAUCUUACUAGCAAGAGACCAGAUAUCCUGAGAAUCGCUACGGAUUACUACCGGAAACUUUAUAGCAGCAACCAAAAUGCAAAACGUGAUCGUUGCUUCGAAGACUUUACAAUCACAGAACCAGUGCCUAGCAUUCUUCAGAAAGAAGUAACAAAUGCUAUUAAAAGCCAGAAAUUAGAAAAAGCUCCAGGGCCAGAUCAAAUAACUAAUGAGCUCCUUAAAACCAUAUCACCAGUUGACCAUAAACCAUAUAACAACACCACACCUGACAGAUAUUUUUAA